GCGAUCAAGGAUCCAACUGGCCCAACAGCGACGAGAAGAGCUCAAGGAAGACACCCAACAGAGCCAACAGACUCCCUGUCCAUCUACAUGAGCCUUGCCGACCACUUGGCAGCCCAUUGUCUCUUGUUAGAGACACCCAUCAGUCGGUCGGUCUGGUUCCAUCAGGGGUGGAUUGAUGGCCCCCUCCAGAAUUGAUGGAUUUCGAAACCGUUUCAAAAUAUUUGGCUCCUGUCUUGUCUCGUCACGCCCGAAAAAUGAAAAAAUGUCGACCAUGAUGAGGCUCACUUUUUUACUUCACUGGAUUUCGUAAACGGAAUUUAUUGAAGUGCUCCCAUCUGGACAAGACUAUUGCUACUACUGCUUUUGGUUACGUUAAGAUGAUGGUGUUCUUUGGUCCAUCCGGGAUCUCUGAAUGCGGUGACAAUGACGGAACGACGGCUGGCAUGGAUGUUAUGGCUAGUACGAAGUUCGGGGCGACUGCAGCGGCGACUGCAGCGUCAAUUGCGACUCGGGGUGUCAUGGUCGUUGGUGGACAAAUUAGUGCCACCAAAACUCAAAAUGAUGCCAAUGAUGAUGGAACGGUGAAUGCUGUGGAGGAAACAACAACGGUUUGCGUGCGGGGUGAAGAGAACGCUGGACAAGACUUUACUGUCGAGUCCAAAAUCACCACGGAAGAGGCCGGAGGAGACAAGAAGAAGAAGAAGAGUGUCUCCUUUGGGUCGGUCCAUGUCGUGGAGUAUGUGGAGAGCCAAGGCGAACGGUUCUCCAAGGUGGAAGCCACUCGGAGUGUCGAUGAAUUGGAGGAAGAGAAUGAAUUCGACUUGGCCGACGACAUCAAGGCUGCGAGCUUCAAGAGAGAUGUGUACGAGGACAUCAAGAAGGAGCACACACGACAACACGCUUUGCAGUACUACGAUCACUGCAAGGCCAAUGCAACGGCACCCACACGAAACCAGCGAGUGCAAGAUGUGGCAGCGCUCCUGGACGUGUACGGUGAAGAACAAGUGGCUCGAUGGUUGACGACAGAUGAGAGCUUGUUGGAGGAUGCCUUUAUUUUUCUCGAGAUGGCCGAUGCCAUUGUCAAGCAUGGAAAGUACAAGGUGAUGGAUGAACUCGUGGUGGACGAAACGCGCAACACACGACGAUUUGUAGAACUUUUGGAGAUCUACAAUGGCGCCGUCGAGUAUAUCGAUGCCUUUGCCAAGAUGGAGUUUGUAAAUGCCAUUGAGGAGCAUGGACAGGACUACGUGUUGGAGGAACUCGUGGUGGACGCAAAGGAUCUGCAGUUGUUUGAUGAUGCUGUCGAGUAUCUCAAGGCGCGCGGCGAGACUGAAGAAGAGGCGCCAAUGGAGGAAAUGACUCGGCCCGAUCAGCUCGAGACAAUUUGGGAAGUGGAGGAAGACGACAAUAUGCAUGUUGACGACGAUGCGGUGGAAGACGAUGCAGUCGGACAAGAGCAUGCACUUGUUGUCAAGGAAGAACCGAUGCCAUGCGAUGGUAUUCUGGUGGAUGUGGAGGAAAGCGACAAUGACUGGUGGGUGCACGACGCAAACGAAAGGCGACUGGGUCGCAAGGCCACACGAUGGAAGCUGAGUACAAUGGUGGAAGACGAUGGAAAAGAGCAUGCACUUGUCGCGGAGGAAGAACCGAUGCCAUGCGAUGGUUUUGGUGUGGAUGUGGAUGAAGGCGACAAUCACUGGUGGGUGCACGACGAAAACCAAAGGCGACUCGGUCGCAAGGCCACACGAUGGAAGGAUGCGGAAGAAGGCGACAAUCACUGGUGGGUGCAGGUUGCAAACCAAAGGCGACUCGGUCGCAAGGCCACACGAUGGAAGGAAGACGACAGUCACUGGCCCCCCGUCGCUCGUGGAGGGGGGUGA